GUGUGUGUGUGUGUGUGUGUGCAGCCAUUAGUUUGAUUCAAAGAGCUUUGCUGUACUCUGCUGUUCAGUCUUGUUAUGCUGAGUACAGUAAGAACCUGUAGAACUGCUUAUGAUGGACUGAACUAUGAGCUCUAGUUUCAUAUCACUGCCAUCCAUCUCAGCUCCCUGCCACACACACACAAACACACACACACAAUCACACACAACCUCGCCAGAAUAAUCAAUCUACACACAGUGGAAACUUGGCUUCACACACAAAUCCAGGUACACACACACAUUAUACACAGUCCAGAAGUGCUCCAGUCCUAACGUCAGUAGACAGACAGACCAGCUGCUCUCUAGAUCCAUGGCCCUGCCUGCAUGUUGAGUUUCAAUGGAUUUAAACACCUUCAACAGACUAUUCAAACUAUUCACUCUUAGCUUAAUUCUUAAAGCACGCUUAGCUUAGCCUUAGCUAAGUAUAAAUGUAUCCUUAAAAAACGAAUAACUUUAUCAGAAACACAAUUUAACAGGCAAGUUAUUUGAAUACAAAUGAAUCCAUAAAAAUAAAAAAAAUAAACAAAAGUGUAGGAUAUUUAAAUAGGAGGAUAUUGAACAGACUGUUCUCUGACAGGUCCUGUUUAAUGCAUACAACCUUAGUCUAACAAAUCUAAUGGGCUGCACCAUGCUAGAUCAAAUUAGCCCUUCUGGCUAUAAUAACAACCAUUUGAACAAAGAUAAUUGGUUUAAAAUGUGUUUCAAACCAGGCUAACUCCAAUUCACAGGUUAUCUCGCUGUGUGAAGGGCCCCACUGUUAAAAAGGGGAACUAUUGUACUGUAAGUGGGUUCCUUGGUGUGAUUGAAGUGGUACAAGUGUUUCAGGCCAACCAUGUUGUAAAUCUAUUCACUUUAAAACUCUUAACAAUAAUCCCAAUGAAUACCUGGAAUUUAAUACCAACCUGCUUUGAAAGACUUGCAAAACCUUGUGAUUUAUGUUUUGUGUCUCCUUGGGCAAAUCUUAAAUGAUAUCCUAUUCACACUAGUUCCCUAUGUGACUCUGGCCAAAAGCAGUACACUACCUGGGGACUUUAGUGCCAUUUGGAACUCCUGAAUGGAUCGUUCAUCAAAUUUGCACUGUACUGCAGUUCAACACUAUGAACUGUACUACAGGUCCAACACUAUGAACUGUACUACAGGUCAACACUAUGAACUGUACUACAGGUCAACACUAUGAACUGUACUACAGGUCAACACUAUGAACUGUACUACAGGUCAACACUAUGAACUGUACUACAGGUCAACACUAUGAACUGUACUACAGGUCAACACUAUGAACUGUACUACAGGUCAACACUAUGAACUGUACUGCAGGUCAACACUAUGAACUGUACUACAGGUCAACACUAUGAACUGUACUACAGGUCAACACUAUACUGCAGUUCAACACUAUACUGCAGUUCAACACUGUACUGCAGUUCAACACUGUACUGCAGUUCAACACUGUACUGCAGUUCAACACUAUACUGCAGUUCAACACUAUACUGCAGUUCAACACUGUACUGCAGUUCAACACUGUACUGCAGGUCAACACUAUACUGCAGUUCAACACUAUACUGCAGGUCAACACUUUGCUGCAGUUCAACACUGUACUGCAGGUCAACACUCUACUGCAGGUCAACACUAUACUGCAGUUCAACACUAUACUGCAGUUCAACACUCUACUGCAGUUCAACACUAUACUGCAGUUCAACACUAUACUGCAGUUCAACACUAUGCACUGUACUGCAGUUCAACACUAUACUGCAGUUCAACACUAUACUGCAGUUCAACACUAUACUGCAGUUCAACACUAUACUGCAGUUCAACACUAUACUGCAGUUCAACACUAUGCACUGUACUGCAGUUCAACACUAUACUGCAGUUCAACACUAUACUGCAGUUCAACACUAUACUGCAGUUCAACACUCUACUGCAGUUCAACACUAUACUGCAGUUCAACACUAUACUGCAGUUCAACACUAUACUGCAGUUCAACACUAUACUGCAGUUCAACACUAUACUGCAGUUCAACACUUUGAACUGUACUGCAGUUCAACACUCUACUGCAGUUCAACACUAUACUGCAGUUCAACACUAUACUGCAGUUCAACACUAUACUGCAGUUCAACACUAUACUGCAGUUCAACACUAUACUGCAGUUCAACACUCUACUGCAGUUCAACACUAUACUGCAGUUCAACACUAUACUGCAGUUCAACACUAUACUGCAGUUCAACACUAUACUGCAGUUCAACACUAUACUGCAGUUCAACACUCUACUGCAGUUCAACACUAUACUGCAGUUCAACACUAUACUGCAGUUCAACACUAUACUGCAGUUCAACACUAUACUGCAGUUCAACACUAUACUGCAGUUCAACACUAUACUGCAGUUCAACACUAUACUGCAGUUCAACACUAUACUGCAGUUCAACACUAUACUGCAGUUCAACACUAUACUGCAGUUCAACACUAUACUGCAGUUCAACACUAUACUGCAGUUCAACACUAUACUGCAGUUCAACACUAUACUGCAGUUCAACACUAUACUGCAGGUCAACACUUUGAACUGUACUGCAGUUCAACACUCUACUACAGUUCAACACUGUACUGCAGUUCAACACUCUACUGCAGUUCAACAGUAUACUGCAGUUCAACACUAUACUGCAGUUCAACACUAUACUGCAGUUCAACACUAUACUGCAGUUCAACACUAUACUGCAGUUCAACACUAUACUGCAGGUCAACACUUUGAACUGUACUGCAGUUCAACACUCUACUGCAGUUCAACACUGUACUGCAGUUCAACACUCUACUGCAGUUCAACACUCUUCUGCAGUUCAACACUGUUUGCACUGUAAUGCAGUGCACCACUUUGCACUGUGUUGCAUCAAUCAAUGUGCAGAAAUAAAUUGUACGUAUACGUUAUAGUUGUAUACCACCCCAACAUUUUUACUGUAGAAGGAUGACGCUGAUCUAGACGCUGAUCUAAGAUCAGUUUUGCAUUGGCCCCUCCUUAGUGAUUAAGGUUAGGAUUUGGGGAGGAUAACUGAUCCUAGAUCGGUGCCUAAGGGCAACUUCUGCUUGCAUCCUUUUACCCCCUCCCUUACUGACUAUUCUCUCCCUCUCUGAUCCCCCCUCUCUCACUGACUCUCCUCUCCCCCUCUGAUCCCCCCCCCUCUCACUGACUA